AUGAAAGCCUCUCCCGCAGAAAUGCUAUACGGCACUACGCUGCAAAUACCAGGAGAAUUCUUCGUACAUCACGAUCUACCCUCAGAUCCUCAGAGUUUCGCUGAGAAGCACGGCGCCUUCAUGCGAGAGAUGCGUCCGGUUCCUAUAUCACAUCACAACAAAAUACACAUUUUCAAACAUAAAGAUUUAGACACUUGUUCACAGGUCUUUGUUCGCUGCGAUCACGUCAGAGCCCCGUUGGAGCCACUAUACAGAGGAUCUUACAAGGUUGUCGAGCGAAUCUCUGACAGGGUAUACAAGCUGGACAUAGACGGAGAACAUCAAAACAUUUUAGUCAAACGGCUGAAACCGGCUCACAUCGCUGAAGAGGACGCUUCAUCAAUCACGAGCCAUUCGCAAAUGCAACACCACCAGCACACGCAAGCGCCAAAUCUCCGCAACAUCGAGGACACGCCAAGGAUCCAGAGGAGAGUCACGUUCGCCCAGAUCCCUGCUCAACACACUGGGGGGGGAGUGGAUGUGGCGGCUCCCUUACCGGCUGCGCCGGCGCCCCAAAAGCGGCGCCACCUAACGGGUUCCGAAAACGCUAAUCAAUAUUGUCAGCACUUAUUGAGAAAUGUGAAGAUGUUACGCAAGGUGCAGGAAUAA